AGUGGUUUGUGUACUUGUCUUUCAGGUAAAAAACUUCACAUACCGUAUGAGUUUGAUCAGUCAGUGAGGGACAGAUUGCCUUUACUAGCUAGCUAUGUAGUUAGGCCGUUUACAGCUAAUUAUACCGAGUAAUUCAUGCAGUCAGGGGGCAGUAAUUUUUAUAAUUUAACACAUAGCUACGCUACUACAAAUUGCCCGUAUUAUCAGCAUUUUAACACAAUCUGCACGCUUCGCUGAAAUGCUUCUCCUGGCCGGCGUAAGGGAUGGAAGGGCUAACAGAAGUGUGAUAUGCGUCCUGCUGCCCAUGGCUGUCGCGGUGUUGCUGUCGGUCGGAGUUGAUGGGAUCCAGGAGGAAAACAAACAUGUCCAAGAACAAACGCCACAAGAGAAAGCACCUACUGCUCAUGCCAUUGGCCCCGAGGUCAGUGGAAAUGACUCCAGCAAAUCCGAGAACCUGGGCUUCAUCCAUGCCUUUGUAGCUGCCAUCUCUGUCAUCAUUGUCUCUGAGCUGGGAGACAAGACGUUCUUCAUCGCUGCCAUCAUGGCAAUGCGCUACAACCGCCUCACCGUGCUGUUGGGGGCAAUGCUAGCCCUUGGCUUUAUGACCUGCAUCUCGGUGAUGUUUGGUUAUGCCACCACCAUCAUCCCCAGGAUCUACACAUACUACGUGUCUACGGCUCUGUUCGCCAUCUUUGGUGUGCGCAUGCUGAGAGAGGGGCUGAAGAUGAGUCCAGACGAGGGACAGGAGGAGCUGGAGGAGGUGCAGGCUGAUAUUAAAAAGAAGGAUGAGGAGCUGCAGAUGUCUAAGCUGCUAAAUGGGGCUGCAGAUGUGGAGUCAGGCUCAGGAUCAAGCCAUCCUCAGAGGAAGUGGCACAGCUUCAUCUCGCCUGUGUUCAUCCAGGCCUUUACCCUCACCUUCCUGGCAGAGUGGGGAGACCGCUCUCAGCUCACCACCAUCAUCCUGGGUGCCCAGGAGGAUCCUUUUGGAGUGGCGGUGGGUGGUACUCUGGGGCACUGUCUGUGCACAGGACUGGCUGUGGUUGGAGGAAGGAUGAUUGCACAGAAGAUUUCUGUCAGAACUGUUACAAUCAUUGGUGGGAUCAUGUUCCUGGCCUUUGCCUUCUCUGCCCUCUUCAUCAAACCGGAUGCUGGAUUCUAAUUGGAGGGAAGACUUUCAGGCAAAUUUUGUACAUAUCUGUAAAGCUCAACUAUGUUUAUUUAGUGUGUGUGUGGUUGAGAGGGAGAAAUAUGGAGAAUAUUCUCUAAUGGGACUGAGCGAGUGUGUGUGUGAUUUCUGUUCUCUUGUCUUACUAAGUCUGUGAUCCCUCACCGGUCUGAGUCCUACACUAAGAACAAGACUUACCUCUCCCUCACACUCAGGCCCGUCAGUACUGAGCUUGGGUCUGUUUAUUCAUUAAUUCCCCAUCCUUAUUAUUAUAUUAUGCUUUAAAGUCCUACUCCAAUCUAAUUUUCACCUCAUUUAACACCUGAUUUACGUAACGGGGGGCGCUUUCCUCUUUUGUUCUCUAUUGCACCAGCAUUGUUCCUCAAGCAAGCCGGGAAGUCAAUGACAUCAUAGGGCACCAUCAGACCCAACUCAUCAAAAUCUUCUUUUUUUUACCCUUGUGUGUACUUUAAUGUAUUUAUACUUGGGAUAUUGCUUUUCAAUAGGAAAAGUACAACAACAAAAAAUAUGCCGGCUGAACACUGACUCCAGGUCUGUCCCAUGGAGUCCAGUUUUAUGGCCACUGUGAAGCGAUUCAGUCCCUUUGAUCGAUGGCCAGGCCUCAGGCCAACUCCCAUACGUUUUGUGCCCCUCAGAAUAUCAUCUGAGAACAGUAACAUUGGGCUGCCUUUGCUUCAUAAACCCCAUAAUUAGUUGAUCUACCAUUUCUCCAGCUGUAUCAGGGAUGUGAAUCUUUUCACGGUUGUGAGUAUUACUGUUCAGCGAUUUCCAUCUGCUAGACAGGACAUGCCAGUUCUAAGCAUCAUGGGGAUCUUGAAGCAGCAGUAACCCAUUCAGUGUCAGUAUUCUACAUUCCAGCUUCAAGGCAGCAAAGGGGGGGAGGACACCCCACGGCCAGUGUGUCCCAAUGGAGGCUGUGGGGGGAGCUAUAGGAGGACGGGCUCAAUGUCUGGAAUAGAACCGUAUCAAACCCAGUUUGACUCCGUUCCAUUAAUUCCAUUCCAGCCAUUACAAUGAGCGCUUCCUCCUAUAGCUCCCCCAUCAGCCUCCUCUGGUCUGUCUGCCACUCAUAUUGCUACUAGGGUUUAUUAAGAGGUUGUGUCUGAUGUCUACUGGUGACGAAAUCAUGGAACAAAAUAUUUCUUUGCUUCCUCCUAAAUUUCACUGCCGAUAAAAAGGACCUAAGCCACUAAGUCUACUGCACCUGUCCUGAGUGGUUGGUUAUGGUAGUUAUUUACAACUUUGAGGUACAGAUGAGGAUUUUGUUCUUGUUAAGGUUUGUAUUUUUUUGAAGGUACUGUAGAGAAGAAUCUUUUUUUUAAGUGCACAGGGUAAUGUGACUCCAUUGUCAAUAUUUGACCAGUUGUACCCUGUGACGACCAAACAGGUGUGUACAUGUACGUGGUUUGAGACAGAUGAACUUUUGAUUGUUGUAAAUCCUGAUCAAUGCUUAAAUGCUCAAUAAAACCUGUCUUGUCUAGACUCUC